GACCGCCACCACCAGGCAGAGGAAGAGUUCGCGAGGAAGGAAAGACCCUCCUCGCACUUGAAGCGGCUGGCAUUUGCUUUUGGAAAAAGAGAAUACAAGAUAAAGGAGGAGACGGGAAGAAGAAGCGGGGGAAAGAAGUGAGGGGGGAGAUAGAGGAAAAAAGGACGUGAACCGAAAGGGCUAGAUCGUGCAGGGAGCCCGAGGCGCGAGGGCGGCAGUGCGGAGCCAGGAGCGCCGCCGCUUGGGCAGGUGCCGCGGCUGCUGCCCGGAGGCGGCAUGUGACGCGCGGCCGCAGCUGCCCGCGGGCGGAGCGCUCUCGGACCCGGGAGCGCACACCGUGGGGCAAGUCGGUACCAUCCCGAAUCCCCACGCUCCUCCUCAGUUCGCCGGGGCGGCAGCGGCGCUUCUGGAAAGACAGGCGAUGAACCGAAGGGCGGCUCCGGGCAUGGGCGCGCGGUCCUAGGACACUCGCUUCCUGAACGCCGAGCGGGAGGCGACCAACGGACGGUGGACCGGGCGCCUCCCGCGCUUUGGGGAAGCGCAGACGACCGGCGUGGGACGGCCACCUGGAGCGCAGCGGCCAGGUCUGAACAGUGAUGGCGCUUGUUUCAGUUAUGAGUCGCUCAGUGGACUGUGGAUUGACUGAACUGUGCCCAUUCCCAUCAUGAUGUACACCACCAAGGCUCCUCACUACACCUGUUUUCUGAUUAGAGAUGAAAUACAUGACAUUCAGAACUUCCACUAAGGUACUGUAAGCUUUUGUGGUGACAUGGCAUCUGGUUUUUUUCUACAAGGAGAGUUCAGCACACAGCACAGUUCUUGAUACACUGGAUUGGUUUGAUGAUCCUACCUGGAACAGGAUAGAAAACUAACACAAGGCUAACUAAGAGGAGUACCAGGAACUGCAGGAGAAAAGCUUUUGGCUGCUUUCCAGGGACUGUGCAUUUGUUUAACCAGAAUCUGUUUCAACACAUGUAAAGACUAUGUCAGAGAGUCACCAUGACCUUGCACAAUAACAAUACAACCUCACCUUUGUUUCCGAACAUCAGCUCUUCCUGGAUUCACGGCCCUUCCGAUGCAGGGCUGCCCCCAGGAACGGUUACUCAUUUUGGCAGCUACAACAUUUCUCGGGCAGCUGGGAAUUCCUCCUCUCCAAAUGGCACCACCAGUGACCCUCUGGGAGGUCAUACCAUCUGGCAGGUGGUCUUCAUUGCAUUCUUAACGGGCGUCCUGGCCUUGGUGACCAUCAUCGGCAACAUCCUGGUGAUAGUGGCAUUCAAGGUCAACAAGCAACUGAAGACCGUCAACAACUACUUCCUCUUAAGUCUGGCCUGUGCCGACCUGAUUAUUGGGGUCAUUUCAAUGAAUCUGUUUACUACCUACAUCAUCAUGAACCGAUGGGCUUUAGGGAACUUGGCCUGUGACCUCUGGCUUUCCAUUGACUACGUGGCUAGCAAUGCCUCCGUCAUGAAUCUUCUAGUCAUUAGCUUUGACAGGUACUUUUCCAUCACGAGGCCGCUCACGUACCGAGCCAAACGAACAACAAAGCGAGCUGGUGUGAUGAUAGGUCUGGCUUGGGUCAUCUCCUUCAUCCUUUGGGCUCCUGCCAUCUUGUUCUGGCAAUACUUUGUUGGGAAGAGAACUGUGCCUCCAGGGGAGUGCUUCAUCCAGUUCCUCAGUGAGCCCACCAUCACCUUCGGCACGGCCAUCGCCGCCUUUUAUAUGCCUGUCACCAUCAUGACUAUUUUAUACUGGAGGAUCUAUAAGGAAACUGAAAAACGUACCAAAGAGCUUGCUGGGCUGCAGGCCUCUGGGACAGAGGCAGAGGCAGAGACCUUUGUCCAUCCCACAGGUAGUUCUCGAAGCUGCAGCAGCUAUGAGCUUCAACAGCAAAGCAUGAAACGCUCAGCCAGGAGGAAGUACGGACGCUGCCACUUCUGGUUCACAACGAAGAGCUGGAAGCCCAGUGCCGAGCAGAUUGACCAAGACCACAGCAGCAGCGACAGCUGGAAUAACAACGACGCUGCUGCCUCCCUGGAAAAUUCUGCUUCCUCCGACGAGGAGGACAUGGGCUCGGAGACAAGAGCCAUCUACUCCAUCGUGCUCAAGCUUCCGGGUCACAGCACCAUCCUCAGCUCCACCAAGUUACCCUCGUCAGACAACCUGCAGGUGCCGGAGGAGGAGCUGGGGGCAGUGGACUUAGAGACGAAAGCCAGCAAACUCCAGGCCCAAAAGAGCAUGGACGACGGAGGCAGUUUUCAGAAAAGCUUCUCCAAGCUUCCCAUCCAGUUGGAGUCAGCCAUGGACACGGCCAAGGCCUCUGAUGUCAACUCCUCAGUGGGCAAGACCACGGCCACUCUGCCUCUGUCCUUUAAGGAAGCUACUCUGGCCAAGAGGUUUGCUCUGAAGACCAGAAGCCAGAUCACUAAGCGGAAACGGAUGUCCCUCAUCAAGGAGAAGAAGGCGGCCCAGACCCUCAGCGCCAUCUUGCUUGCCUUCAUUAUCACCUGGACCCCCUACAACAUUAUGGUUCUGGUGAACACCUUUUGUGACAGCUGCAUCCCCAAAACCUAUUGGAAUCUGGGCUAUUGGCUGUGCUACAUCAACAGCACCGUGAACCCCGUGUGCUAUGCCCUGUGCAACAAAACAUUCAGAACCACUUUCAAGAUGCUACUGUUGUGCCAGUGUGACAAAAGGAAGAGGCGCAAGCAGCAGUACCAGCAAAGACAGUCAGUCAUUUUCCACAAACGGGCGCCCGAGCAGGCCUUGUAGGAUGAGGUGUGUUGUCAGUAGCAGUCACCAAACGCACACAUCAACCCGCAGACCUUAGGAGGGAGUGAGGUGAGGGGGGGGGGUGAUUUCUGGCGCUGAUAAAAAAUGUCUUUAUCACCCAGAUGUGAAAGAAGCUGCCUGUUUACCGAUCCAUUAAAUAAAUCCAUUUUCAUAUCAAAAGUCAAAUACCAAUUCAGCCAAAAAUAAAUAAAUAAGCAUAUUACUGGAUAUGAAGAAAUUUAUUCUGAAAUAGACUUUGUUUUUUCUUAAAGAGAAAGAAAUAAUUGUUUCAUAGCAAUUAUAUACCCAAAUUGGUCUGCCUGGGCCUUUUCAUUCCCAUUAGCUCUGGAAUCUCGGUGAGGAUAACUAGCUGGCCCAGUUGCCCUGUCCUCCCCAAGGGUCCCCAAAGUGUCGAUCCACAUCCCACGUGGAACACGUCAGGCUAGUGAAUCCGUGGUUCUGAAAUUCUUUCGUACAUUGCAAAGCCUCACCUUCUCGUCCCUGUAGAGCUCCCCGUCUUCUCAUUGGUGUGUCGUUGAACUCUAUUUGUGGACUUGAUUCUUGAUUCUUGCAAAGUACUGUUUUGUGCAGUUCAAGUUUCGUACAAAUAAAAGAUGCAUAAGUAUAUAUGUAUAUAUAUGUGUGUGUGUGUGUGUGUGUGUGAAUUACACGCACACACACACAGUGUAUAUAAUACAGUGGGAAUCACUGAACCGGCAAAUUAUUCCGGCAAUAUAUUCUUUCAGUACUUUGGUGACUGACGUUUCUCUAGGAUCCUAACACAACGUGAAAGUGAACUUAAACCCCGUGUAGUGUUUUGGAGACCAGGGCUGUUUUCCCGGAGACUAUGCAGCAAUGAACAACCAGGCCCUCUGGGCGGGUCUGUGUGGAGCGGUCAGCCUGGUGAGUCAGAUGAGCACCAGGGUUCGACCAGACUCUGAGUAAGCUGUUACCCCUGUGGACACCCUCAACAGAGCUAAAUCGAAUGGGGGCCCCUCUGAGCUCUAAGAAUGAACCACAUCCACAUGUCUGAAUUUAAUGGUCCAAAUCUGAAUGUUUCCAAACAAAACCUUUGCUAUCUUACCUGCUUGAAGCUCAGUAAUAGUGACACGUUUGAAUGGCAUACACAGCAUUACACGGAGCAAAGCAGAAGAGACCUUCUGAGGGGCAAAGAAGAACAGGAGAUCUGAUUUCUUGCUACUUGACAUAUUUAAAUGAAAAAGGGCUUACACCUUUUGUCACUUAGCUGGGGCCAGUGCUUUCUGCUGUUCAUUGCGCAACCUUUACCCAGGAAUGGGUGGGGUUCGUGAAGUCAUAAGUCCUCUAAAGAAAGUAUUACACUUUGAAAAGUAUUGCUUCAAAUUGAUUUCCUUAGUACAUUUCUAAAAAGUGAUUUUGUAUUCUCUUCUGAAUUGGCCCAAACGCUAACUGUUCUAUUUGGGGGAGGGGAGGGCUGCUGCUGUAGCCGUCGUCUGUGUUGCUGCUGUAGGUGUCAGGGUUCUUUUUUUUUUUUCCUUUUGUG